AUGUCAAAUACAUGGUCGGGCGAUAUUCUGACCUUGUUGGAGGGUUUCUGGCUGGUCAGCAGAAUCGUCGACCAGGCCAUGACCUUGCGGUCGAACUUGGACGAUCAAGACCGGCACCACUUGGCUCAAGGCGCUCUCCCAUUCCAUCCUCAGAAGCUGCGAUCACCUAACCACAGACAACCCUCGUCCCCACCAUCGAGUCCAUGUCAUUGUCAACCAACACAAAGUUGGACAUCUACGACGCCUCGCCUCCUCCACACCCACCUCCCAUACUCCAUCCUCCCGGGCUCUGUCAAGAUCCUCUACAUCGCGAGGAGCCCCAAGGAUACCCUCAUCUCCAUGUGGCACUUCUUCAAUGCCGCGAUCGAGAGCCUCUGCCGCUUGACGAGGCUGUGGAUUGCUUCUGCUCUGGCGACUGCGUCCCUGCAGGAGAAGGUCUUGUUCGUCAAGUAUGAGGAGAUGAAAUCGAUCAGUGAUAUCAUGGAUCAUUAA